ACAUCACAUAUGAAAGCAUUCAGGGACUACGGACCAUGAAUGCCAUGUGCCCGGCCUGCAGUGGUGGGGCAGCACCAGGGCAGGUUAGGCCCCCUCACUUUUGGCCCAAGGGUACCGACCGACCUAGGUAGCUCGUGCCUGUCCCUAGGCUCUGGGCCGGGCCCCAUCCCCUCCCCCCUCGCUUAUCAACCCGAACCCUACUCAAGUAGGUUCCUGUGGACGGGCUGACAAGCCUGGCCUGUUCUUCCACUGCAAACUGCGAAACGAGAGUCUUACCAAUCCAGUGCUAAUAAGUGCCAACCUCAGCGCGGCGCACUGGGCACACUUCAGCAUCAACCACCAUCCAUCCACCCACCCAUCCGUCCAUCCCCGUGGUCCAAGUUAACGACCAACAACCCGAUCCAGAUCCAGCCUGCCAACUUGCCACGAGGCUUGGUCAUCUAUCUACACAUUGCCCGGCCUUUGUCAAUUUGCCAUUACCAUCACUCCUGUCUCCUCUUCACUUUCCCUGGCUGAUUCCCCUCCCGUUCAUUGCCAGCUUGCUCCUAGCCUCCCACCUGAACCCGCUGUCUCUCUCUCUCUCUCUCUUCUCUUCCUCUCUGUGGCUGUCUCUUGGGGACGUUGACUUUUCUCUCGGGUUGCAAGUGCUUGCACUACCAGCUGCCGCAUCGUCCAGCUCUCGCCCACACCGGCUCCGGCUCACCCCCCAACCCCUCACAAUGUCGUGGAAACUCACCAAGAAACUCAAGGAGACGCACCUGAGCCCCUUGGGCGGCUUUGGGCGCUCCACCUCCACCUCCACCAUCACCGACAAGGACGAGAAGCCACAGUCUAGUAUCGCUGGUUCUGCGUCUCCCACACCCUCAGACAACAAUAUCUCCUCGUCGGAAGCCCUCACCCAGGCCCCUGUCAUAACACCCCCCAAGCCCGGAAUACUUGUCGUCACUAUCCACGAGGGAAAAGACUUUGCGUUACCUGACCAGCAUAAGGGUAUAUUCAGCAGUCAUUCUUCCUCCCUCUCCCAAGGAGGGGGGGCCAGUGUCGCAGGAUCCGUACGGCCUGGUUCUUCGCAGAGGACAGCAGGCUCCUACGUUAAUGGGCAUAGGCCCAACACCUCCGGCGGCUUUGGGAACGUGCCCACCAACCAUGGCCGUGUGUCUGGAAAAUAUAUGCCUUAUGCCCUUCUCGACUUCGACAAGGUCCAGGUUUUUGUCAACUCCGUCGAGGGUAACCCCGAGAACCCCCUGUGGGCAGGCUCCAACACCCAGUACAAGUUCGAUGUUUCCAGGGUGACCGAGCUUACCGUUCAUCUGUACAUCCGGAACCCGACCGCCCCGCCGGGCGCAGGCCGGAGCCAGGACAUUUUCCUCGGUGUCGUCCGCAUCAAUCCACGGUUCGAGGAGAAACACCAGUUCACCGAGGAUCCGAAGGCGAGCAAGAAGGAUCGUGAGAAGGCGGCAAACGAGUUCGCCGAAAAGGAGAAGACUCUGGGCCACAACGGCGUCCAGUGGGUCCCGGUGCAAUACGGCCAGGGUCAGCUCAAGAUCGGUGUUGAAUACGUCGAGAACCGAGCCGGCAAGCUGAAGAUCGAAGACUUUGAGCUGUUGAAGGUAGUUGGCAAGGGCAGCUUUGGCAAGGUCAUGCAGGUGCGGAAGAAGGACACCAGCCGUAUCUACGCCCUCAAGACGAUCCGAAAGGCGCACAUCAUCUCCAGGUCCGAGGUCACCCAUACUCUCGCUGAGCGGUCCGUCCUCGCGCAGAUCAACAACCCCUUCAUCGUCCCCCUCAAGUUCACGUUCCAGUCACCCGAGAAGCUGUACUUUGUACUGGCGUUCGUCAACGGAGGAGAGCUCUUCCAUCACCUGCAGAAAGAACAGCGUUUCGACGUUAAUAGGUCGAGAUUCUACACUGCCGAGCUGCUCUGUGCUCUCGAGUGCCUACAUGGCUUCAACGUGAUUUAUCGGGACCUGAAGCCGGAGAAUAUCCUGUUGGACUACCAAGGGCACAUUGCGCUCUGCGACUUUGGUCUCUGCAAGCUGGACAUGAAGGACGAAGACCGUACCAACACUUUCUGCGGCACUCCCGAGUAUCUCGCCCCGGAGCUCCUGAUGGGCCAGGGCUACAACAAGACGGUGGACUGGUGGACCCUUGGUGUCUUGCUCUACGAGAUGUUGACGGGUCUUCCGCCCUUCUACGACGAGAACACCAACGAGAUGUACAGAAAAAUCCUGUCGGAGCCGCUGCAUUUCCCCAGCCACGACGUCGUGCCCCCGGCGGCCAAGGACCUGCUGACGAAGCUGCUGAACCGGAACCCAGCAGAGCGGCUGGGCGCUAACGGGUCUGCUGAGAUCAAGGCGCACCCGUUCUUCCACGCGAUAGAUUGGCGGAAGCUACUGCAGCGCAAGUACGAGCCAACGUUCAAGCCCAAUGUGGCCGAUGCCUUGGACACGGCCAACUUUGACCCCGAGUUCACCUCAGAGGCCCCCCAGGAUUCAUAUGUCGAGGGCCCUGUGCUGUCACAGACAAUGCAGAACCAAUUCCAGGGUUUCUCAUACAAUAGACCGAUUGCGGGCCUGGCCGAUGGUGGAGGCAGCGUCAAAGACCCUGGAUUUGCAGGCAGUCUGAACGACAGGUAGAGUGGGCCUCUCUGGUGGCCGAGUGUAGCCAAAGCAGCAGCAGGUCCCGCCUGUGGGACGGGGCGUCAGGGUGACCAAAAGGCCAGGUCAAGAUUUUAGAACAUCUCCUGUAGGACGAAACAUCAUCGCUGCCUAGAUGAGCCUGCAGAUAAGCGGCCUGGUUGAGCCAGAUCAGCCCAAGCCUGGGCUGGGGCUAGACAAGGAAGAAGAAGCAACUGGGGGGAGGGGGCAGAACAAGCCAGCCAUCCUGUUCACAGGGCUUGGUUGUUUUCCCCAGGCCCCAAGGCAAUUCACAUGUUGGAGUACGGUCUUGUUCAUUUACACAUUUCAGUUGGUUGGCAAGGGGGUUUGGGCAGGGGCCAUUCUGCAAAUUCCAUGAUCUGCACAUGUUGUUACUGGUUUGUGUCCUUGAGCCAGGGGGAAAGCCUGGGGUAGACAGGAUGAUAGCAGUUGUAGAGUUGAGCUGAAUGGAAAAUGCACAAAAUAGGACCUUGGACAGA